CCAGACUGCGAAAGCGAAAGCUUGCGUUGAACCCUUCUGUGCAUUCCCCGCCCUCUUGUCAAUUCUUUUACAAUUUCAAAAUCUCUCCUUUUAUUGCCUUUUUUUCCCCCCUACAGAGAUUGUGCAGCUCUGUUGAAAUGGGUUGGCCUCCACGUACGGGAAAAGAGGGAGACGGAGACGGAGACGGACAGCGAUGCGUUGUUGCUCUGAAAGCGAGAGGAAUAAAGGGCCAUCUUCUGCUAGAAUCCUCCUCUCUCUCUCUCCACACACAUACCACAGAAAGUGCAAAAUAAUAGCGAAACUAGUUUAAAGGUAGCAAGGGGUUUGCGCUCUUUUUCUUUUCUUCUUUUUCGUUUGAAGGGGUGUUCCGAAGAAAGUGACAGAAAUGUCGGUUUGUGGGAUUUCCAGGUCACCCUCUCGCAUUGUGUUACGGGUGCGUUUGAGUUGCCAUUGAGCAAACCCGUGUCACUUUGUCGUCCUGCUAUCAAUCAAUGUAACGAGAGAGUGUCACUGAAGCCCUGAAGUAAAUACAGUCUCUGGGUCUCUGGGGAAGAAUCACAUGACCCUGAGUUUGAAGGACAAAGGAUAGUAAAGCUGCUUACAAGUGUGUGGUGUGGAUGAGAUUUCAUUUUUUUCGAUGCUUCAUUAUCGUGAAAUGAAGAGCUCGGGUAAGAGUGGGUCUCUGCAGGAGAAGUUUGUGUUGGGAUUUUGAUGCUUGCUGCCGAAAAUUAGUGUGUUUUCCGAAGUUUGUUUCAGGGGCUGUUUCAGAAGGCUAUUGAAGGAGCUCUACUGUUAAGUGGAUCCAUUUGUUCAUGUUCAUUGACAACAUAAAGAACCCACGAGGGCAUCUCAAAUGUCCACCUGCUAUUUCUGCAGGUGUUCGGUCUGCAAUAUAUUCAUCUUCUGUCUUGAGGGAAUUAUGUGAUGUCUUGUGUGUUCUACUGCCGUGUCAGAGCAAUGGCAAAAGCAUUCGAUAUAUAUGCAUUUCUGGUUCUUGCCAUUAUUUUUCUCUCAAUGCGCCCGACAGAACAGCUUCAGUCUUCCCAGGUCCAGACCCUUCUGAGAAUUCAAUAUCUUUUGGACAAUCCACCUGUUUUAAGCGGCUGGACUGACGGCACGGAUUUCUGCAAUACCGAGCCCAAUUCAUCUCUCACUAUCGUGUGCUAUGAAAAAAGUGUGACACAGCUUAUCAUAAUAGGUGAGAAAGGAGCUCCUGCAUUGCCUCAAAACUUUUCCAUGGAUUCCUUUGUGACGACGCUGGUAAAGCUUCCUAAUUUGAAGGUCCUCACACUAGUUUCUCUGGGCUUGUGGGGGCCUUUGUCUGGUAAAAUCGCACGGCUUUCAUCACUUGAGAUAUUCAACGUGAGCUCUAAUUUCUUGUAUGGUGCACUUCCCUACGAGCUUUCGUCUUUAAAAAGCCUUCAAACACUCAUUCUUGAUGAGAACAUGUUCUCUGGUCCACUACCAGAUUGGACUGGUAAGCUCCUGAAUUUGACCGUGCUAAGUCUGAGACAAAAUUCAUUGAAUGGGUCUCUGCCUGAUGCUUUGAGUAAUUUGGAGAAUCUCAGAGUUCUCUCGCUGUCACAUAAUCAUUUAUCUGACAAAGUGCCGGACUUAAUCAGUUUGAGAAAUCUUCAAGUUCUUGACUUGGGAGAUAAUGCUUUCGAAGGUCAAUUUCCGAAUCUUGGUAAUAGGUUGGUCACUCUCAUACUCAGCGAGAACAAGUUCAGAUCUGGGCUUCCUUCUGAACUGAGCUCAUAUUAUCAGCUUGAGCAUCUAGAUAUCUCCUUUAAUAGUUUCAUUGGACCAUUCCCGCAGUUUUUGCUAGUUCUCCCCUCUAUUAUUUAUCUGAAUAUCGCAGGAAACAAACUGACGGGCAUGCUUUCUGAAUAUCAGUCUUGCAAUGAUGAAUUGACAUUUGUGGAUUUAUCAUCCAAUCUUUUGACGGGAAGGUUGCCUGAUUGUCUGUCUGAUUCAAAGAAGCGUGAUGUCUCAUAUGCUAAGAAUUGUUUGGCCGCUGACAAUCAAGAUCAACAGCCUCUUUCAUUUUGCCGAAACGAGGCUUUAGCUGUUGGCAUAGUGCCUGGCCAGAAGAAGCGGAAACAAGCGGCUAAAACAGUUCUUGCCUUGGGCGUUGUCGGGGGGAUCUUGGGAGGAAUCCUGCUUGUCGGUCUAAUAUUUUUGGCUAUCAAAAGACCUACAGCCAGGAAGGCAAAUAAAUCACCUCCUACGAGGCUGAUAACUGAGAAUGCAUCAACUGGGUCUGGGUACACCUCAAAGUUGCUCACCGAUGCCAGAUACAUAUCUCAAACUAUGAAGCUCGGAGCACUUGGGCUUCCACCUUACCGAACCUUUUCUUUGGAGGAGAUUGAAGAGGCCACAGGCAACUUUGAUACAUCUGCUUUCAUGGGUGAAGGUUCUCGUGGCCAGAUGUACAGAGGUCAGCUGAAGAACGGGUCUCUCGUAGCCAUCAAAUGCCUGAAAGUUAAGAAAAGCCAGAGCCUUCAGCACUUCAUGCACCACAUUGAGUUAAUUUCGAAACUUAGACAUCGCCAUGUUGUCAGUGCUCUUGGACACUGCUUUGAGUGUUACUGGGAUGAUUCGAGUGUGAGCAGAAUCUUUCUUGUGUUCGAAUACGUACCAAAUGGUACAUUAAGGAGCUGGAUCUCGGGGCGGCGUGCUAGGCAAUCACUCACCUGGUCACAAAGGAUAGGUGCUGCAAUCGGGGUAGCGAAGGGCAUUCAAUUUCUACAUACUGGGAUUGUGCCCGGUUUGUACUCGAACAACUUGAAAAUAACUGAUAUUCUCGUCGAUCUGAAUCUUGUCACCAAAAUAAGCAGCUAUAGCCUUCCAUUAUUAGCAGAGGAAGUGGGGAAGGAGGGUAGUAAGUUGCCUUCUGGAGGAUCCAAGGAAAUAGUUGCUAGGACAAAACACCAGGAUAAGACAGAUAUCUAUGACUUUGGAGUAAUCCUGCUGGAGAUUAUAUCAGGAACGCCAUUCAGGUCAAACAGUGAAGUUGAUGUUGUAAAAGAUCAACUACAAUCGAGUAUGAUGGGUGAUGAUACCACUAGAAGGAGCUCCGUUGAUUCUUCAAUUCAAAGAGCAUGCUCAGACCAAUCAUUGAAAACUAUGAUGGAAAUUUGCGUGAGAUGUUUGAACAAGGAACCCGCGGAUAGACCAUCUAUUGAGGAUGUGCUGUGGAACUUGCAAUUCGCUGCUCAGGUCCAAGAUGCAUGGCGUGGAGACUCACAGAGCAGUGAAGGGUCUCCGACGUCCCCUUCACAACAACUGGGCCUACAUCUCUCCUUCCGAUGAGUUGAGGGAAUUAAAAGAGCAAAACGGGAAAACACAAGUAAAUCAAGAUGUUAUUUUCAGGGAGAUUUUUCCGGCUUGUGCUCCACUUUUAUUUUUUUCUUUGGCUUGAUAAGUAUACAUUAGUUCAAGUUUCUCCUUGCUCGGUUAUGCUUUCUUGCAAUUUUGUAAGUUUUCUGUGCAACUGGAGACAGUGUGCAUCCUGUAUAUUACAAGCUCCGUGAAAUAGGGAAAGCAGCUCUUGUGCUCGACUCCUGCACAAGUGGUCAAUCAAAUGUACCUUUUCUUAUACUCAUUACUAUGAGAAAUUCCACAAUCUUCCUAGCAUCGCCCUUUUAUGUUCUAUUGGGAUGUAUUCAAUAGAUGUACAUUCACCGAUGUUAUGGAUAGUCGAUUGUGUAAAA